UUGAACUCCUACCCGGGGUUUCUUUUACAAAAUUAUUUUAUUUAAUUUAUUUAGAAAAUAACAAAUAAUAGUAAUAAAUGAGGAUGUCUACAAAUGUCAAAGUGUUGGUCUCUCUAGUUCUUGUAGUGUUAUUGGCUCUUGCAGCAACCAAUAUUGAGGCAAGAUACAUAAAUUAUCGCGAUCUUCGUAGUGGAAGUCACAGUUUGUCUUGCGAUAAAGCGAAUCCUAGCACCUGCACGAAGCAAGAAGUCAAUCGUUACCAAAGAGGAUGCGAGACGGCUGAUCGGUGCCGUGAAUCUGGUUAAUUUAUACAUAUGAUAACCAAAGAGCAUAUUCAUGCAUCAAAUUAAUUGAUUUCGUUAGUUUUUAAUUAGUCGCUUAUUAGUUUUGUAUUAUUUUAACACGAUGAUGUUACAAUCAAACAAAUAUAAAUAUGUUGUUCCCUAUUUAAACUAAAUUUGGAGCUAUUUUACUUUC